AUGCCUUCCCUCACUAGCAUUCUCGCCCUCGGUGCGCUCACUACCCUCGCCGCGGCCGACAACAUCUACACAUACACCAAGCCUGGCUGCACUGGUCCUGCCUUCUUCUUCAAAGACAUCGACCAUAACGUCUGCGCCGUGUCUAUCACCGGCAAUGCUAGCUCCACGGCCGAUGCGAUUGCAAAGGGUCUGACGACCGUUGCAUCCGGCAAGCUUGAGGUUCAAGAGACGGGCAAGAAGCACUUCCUAGCCUGGGACGAAGGCCCAGCCUCCAACGCAGAUGGUCCCCUCCAAUGCGGCACCAUCUCAAAGAACGUUGCUGUCAAGGAGCGCGAGACCUGCAUCUCCGGUUCUAUCCAUGGAUUCUCUUGGACUGAGCCCGGUGCAGAUGGCAAUGACUCGAACGACUUUGAUAUGGAUGAUGAUGAUGCGGAUGAUGUUGACGACAAGGUCAAGCGUCAAGCCAACGACGACCCCAUCUGGACAUGCACUGGUUCUACCGAUCCGGAUGCUGUACACAUUGGCGGCAAGUACUACAAUGUUGAUGAUAUUCCAGUGGCAGAUAAAGAGGCGCUGAUGGAGUGCGCGUGGAAUGAUGUCACUCCGGGUGCGGAGUUUGACAAGUACGUCUUUACACCUGACUUCUAG